AUGCCACCAUCUACGAAAAGAGCCCAGCGCGGUCGUCGCGACUUGCGCCUUGGCAGAGAUGCAAGAACGAUCAGUUCCACGGAUGCCGAAAUGGACCCAUCCUCAUCACCGACUAGACCUGCCAAGCGUCGCAAGAAGGCUACGUCGCCAGAGUCUGAUCGAAGAUCGUCCAACAUCGAUAACGAUAACGCACCGCCGACCGACGAUGACCAAAUCGUGUCCCAAGUCACACAGCAGCUUAAGUCACAGGCUGUUCAGGCCAGCAAAGACCACGCCAAUGCCAUCCAUGAAGCUAACGGCGAUGGCGUCAAGGCCUACGCCAAAGUUGCCGCUCAGGACUGGACAUUCUACAUAACAAAGCUCGCCGUGAAUAUCGGCCGUGCUCCCGAGGUCGCCCAAGGUACUGAACAAGAGGCAGAGGACCAAGAUCAUGUACACAUUGACUUGGGUCCCAGCAAAAUGGUCUCUCGAGCGCAUGCUGCCAUCGUCUUUGACUCCAAAGACGAAAAAUGGCUCCUUCAGGUCAAGGGUCGAAAUGGCGCCAGGAUUGACGGCCAGUCCUUGAAGCCCCGCGUCAGUCAUCCUCUGACCAGCGGCGAGGUCAUUGAGAUUGGCAACGUCGAAAUGAUGUUUGUGCUGCCCUCAGAGAUUAGUCCACUGCAUGUCCACCCUUCAUUUCUACAGAGGUGUGGCUUACCCGACGACAUACCCGCUUCUCGCCGCCCGCCAGCGAUUGCUCCUGCCCCAGUCAACUAUAAGCGAUUAGGUACUCCCCCUUCGACGCGGCGAACUGACCUCAAGUCUCCUGCCGUUAGCACCCCUGCAGUCAUCAUUGGCGCCAGUGGUGUCGAUCUCAGCCUCGACGACAACCAGCACAUCAAGCCACAGUACAGCUAUGCGCAAAUGAUUACUCAAGCAAUCCUGAAUGCGCCCGAUGAGAAGCUGAACUUGAACGGAAUCUAUACAUAUAUAAUGGACACUUAUUCAUACUAUCGCAAGCAGCAAGCAGCAGGAUGGCAGAACUCCAUCAGACACAAUCUGUCGCUCAACAAGAGUUUUGACAAGGUAGCAAGAUCUACGGACGAACCCGGCAAAGGCAUGAAAUGGCAGAUCGUUUCCGAGGCUCGGGAAGAAAUGGUCCGCAAUGCGUACAAGGUUGGACGUGGUGGUCAUCGUGGGUCGUCAGCUCCUUCGUCACCGAACCAGCUCAACUACAUUACACAAGGGCCAAAGGAUAUGGCUGGCAGGGAUACACCAACUGGCAGGAAGCGUCGAGCCUCGCCUCUCACUUCGCCAGUGCCGCGAUCAUCUCUACGCAUGUCUCAGUCAACGCCAAACCGUUCUGAUCGCUCAGGCCUGAAUGCGACUUUGACCGCAGACGGCAGCCCAUUGCCAAGACAGCGAAAGACGAUGGAUGCAGAAUCAUCUUUCGCGGGCUACCAGCCGCAAUCACCAACCUUGACCUCGUCGUAUCAGGACGAUAAUUCGGCAUUUGUCACGCCUGCACCACCGCGCAUACACCCCAGGCUUGCGCCUCCAAGCACUGCGCAACGGCCGAGUCAACAUAUGCCAACUAGCUCCCCGGCGCCUUUCUGGAGAUAUGCCGAGAUAGGAAGCACGCCACUCAAGCCGAUGGCAGCUUACGAGAGUCCGUCAAAGACGAGAGGACCAAUGCCGCCUCAGAGCAGCAGCCCGCCGCCCAUGGGCAAAUCCCCCCCCAGCAGCCCAACGAGGCCGCAACUGCCAGUACAAAAAACGGUAGAGGAGCCAAAUACGGCCGAGGUGGAGGAAGAAGGCUUUGAUUUGACAAAGGGUUUCCAAAGUAUAAGCGCAUAUCAUGCUCCUGUCGGGCGAGGGUUACCAGUACCAAAAGCGCUGAAGGGAAAAACUUGA